GAGAGAGAGUUCGGCUGGAGAGCACAGAAACAGCAGGACGAGCGGAAUAUUUCACAACUUCAGCAGGGAUGGAUUAAAGCGCAACGUGUUGAGUGCAUCAUUUGGCGGUUUCUAGGUGAUCACAGAUGGGUGUGGGAAUGUCGUGGCUGCUCUGGGUGUGGAUCAGUAUGACAGUCAUGUUGGUGUGUGAUGCCACCUUCUACGAGACCAUACACCAGCACCUGGCACCACCUGGGACCAACAUCCAGAUCCUCGGCGGGACAUGCGAGGUGAUUGCUGCACACAGAUGCUGUAACAAAAACAAGAUUGAGGAGCGAUCGCAGACAGUCAAGUGUUCCUGUUUACCGGGGAAAGUCGCUGGAACCACGAGGAAUAAACCCUCCUGUGUGGACGCCUCCAUAGUGGUGGGGAAAUGGUGGUGUGAGAUGGAACCGUGUCUGGAGGGAGAAGAGUGCAAGACUUUGCCGGACAACUCGGGUUGGAUGUGCUACUCUGGGAACAAGAUCAAAACCACCAGGAACACUCACCCCUAUACAUCAUUGUAGCAGUGGGAGCGGCUGAGUGCAAAAACAAAAAGGAAUACAACAGGACAAGAGUUAAAUAAACUACUCCAAUGGAAGAAACCUGGUGAACUUGCUCUUACAAUUCAGACGACUUUUUCAUUAUUCUACUUUCUUCUCAAUAACACGUCCAUCGGCUGACUGAGAAAGUCUAUGGACAUUUUUUUUUAUUCAUGAUAUGACCGUUGUUUCUUCUCCUUUUUUUUGUUGCUGUAAAUUCUUGGUAAUCUGAGACUUUACCCUGUUUGUUGCAGUUUGACCAAAAUAUAGUUUUUAUUCAUAACAUUCCUGGUGAUACCUGUUUCCAGAACUGACUGAGCUAACAAACUUGCAUACAGCGGUUGAUUUAUGGCACGUUUUUUUUUUCCGAAUGGAGAGAAUAAGACUUUUCCGAAAGAACGAGUGGGUAACGCCUCAUCAGGUACCACUGAAGAGCUCACUGCAUUUCUCCUGCCACUAAAAUGGACUGUUAACGACAUGUGUAACAUAAAACCGAUCCUAUAACUGUUCACAGACCCGUUGUCAUUGUCUAACCACAGAUAUCUGUCAUCAUUAUGUAGUGAUGAGUGGACGCUAAUCAAAAUGUCAGAAGAAAUGGCAGAUGCUAAAUGAAACUGCGACUCUGGAACCACAGCUAACUGUGAUUGAAAAGGCAAAAGCACAAUAAUGUAAAGUGUUUUGAAAAGCUAAAAUCAUUACCCUCUAUGUGUUAGUGAAGCUCUGGUCCAGCUCCUGCUGAUUUUCCCUGUUUCUGGUUCAUUAGGCUAAUGAUAAAUUGAUAGAGCAUCACUGAGAGGGCGCAAGUGUGAACGCUCGGAGACUUAUUAUCAAAGCCAACGAGGUCUGAUCAGAAUCUGCUGCUGCAUGCAGAUAUAAAAUAGCAUGGCAUUUAAAUACUCAGAGUCAGAUUUCUAUUCAGCUGUCUAGAGCUUUGCCUUCAUUAAACAGGUGGUAAAAUGUGAAAUGUUAAGAUGUCUUGUACUCCCCAGAAGCUGGAGUCCAGAAGGUCCCGAACGUUACUUCAGAGAAAACCUGUUUGAAUAGAGGUACUUGUCUUUUGAGAGCUUGGAUAAGUGUAAAAAUAAUUCUCUCAACUUUUUUUGUGAGGAAAAUUUACUCAAUGUUUUUUUUUCUAGCCAACAACAUGGCACUAGUAUUUUUUCCCAGUAAAACAUAAAACGCAACAUAAAAUCAGUGACCUGUAUAAAAUACAGCAAAUAGUACACAUGAUAGCAAAACCUGCAGCUGCUAAAAGUUUUGAACUGAACAUCAACCUUACUGAGAAAUGGUUAAAGUGUAUUUCUUUUGGAACUGAGUCUCUAAAGUCGAAUCCUCCUUUUUCCACUGUAUUAUUUCAGUCCUGAUUGUUAAAGAAAAAAAAAUAAACUGGCAAAAUUCAUCAAAAUCAGAGGGCCAGUUAUAUGACUGUGUCUACAGGUGAAAGUACAGUACACAGAUGAGACUGAAUCACAUCAUGAAAAGCUUACUGGGAUG